AACUGCAAGAAGAAAACGAGAAGGAAAAUGGCGGGCACAAGAGCAGCAGUGAUGAAGCUGGCGGUCGUCCUCCUGGCUAUGAGCCAGCUCGUCCACAUGGCGACGCCAACGGCGGAUCCGACGACUGCAUCGUCUCUGCUGGUUACCAGCGUUUACCCUUAUGGGGGAGUCAUUUCUAAACCCAGCCCUGGCAUCAGGGCAGAGAAGGUGCUGCUGGAUGCGGCCAAGCCAAGCAUCCCUGUCCCUCCGCCUCCUCCCCACCUCAUCCUACCGUGCAAGGGAAGAACCUGCUAAGUGCUAACCUCACCUCAUGUGGAGCACCAAGUGAAGUGCAGCUGGAGCUCGAAGUGACGAAGGCAAUAAAAAUGUCCCUAGCUUCCUCUGUAUUGUCCUCGAUCGUUAUGAUCGACUGAUGGAAUAAAAUAAGAGCACUCUUUUUUAUAUUUCGUUCGCCUGCAACAAGUGUUCAAAUUGUGGAUUUGAAACUACUAAACCAGUUUCCAGACCUGCGAAAAA